CCCAGGAAGUAGAGCAAGGCAAAACAGAAGCAGCAUAGGGAGCAUCCAUGCAUAGGAGUUACAGCUGAGUUUCCAGAGGCAGCAAGAAACUGUGCUCUCCUGCCGAGAACACACGGUCUCUGUUUUCUUUCAGUUAGGCGUACGAGCUGUUUUCCUGUGCAUUUGAUAACAUGUUUUCCACAAGCGGGAGUCGAACGGCGUCCUCCUCGCAGUGUUUUGCUAUCGCUGUGCUGUUUGUUAGCAUCGUUAGCCUGGGGGACUGUCAAAUAACUCCAUCACCACCACCACCAACCCCUUGCUCCGCCCACAAGAACUGUGACACUUGUGCUCCAAAUGCCAAGUGUCUGUGGUGCUUCUCGACCAACAACUGCACAGACUAUCCAGUGAGCUGGCUGCUUCCCCCCGCUUCACUCUGCCCAUUGUCCCAGGCCCGUUGGGGAGUGUGUUGGUUGAACUUUGAAGCCUUCAUCAUUACCUUGGGUGUGAUCGGCGGAGUCAUCCUGAUCAGCAUUGUCAUAUGUUGCUGCUGCUGCUGCUGCUGCAAGAAGAGGCACCCAGUGCGUGACAGAGAUGACGAGAGAUAUGCCAGGAGGAGAGAGGAGAUCAAACAACGCUCUGAAGAGCGGAGGGACGAGAGGAUGGCACGGCACGAUGAGAUCCGCAAGAAGUAUGGUCUGAUGGGCGACUCGGACCACCCGUACAGCAAGUUUGAGAACGAGUAGAACAGCCGGAGAAGUUUCCAUAUGCAAGCAGCGUCUGCAGCCUAGAGUGAUGCUCCACUUUUUUUUUUCCACACAUGAUCCACAAAAAAAACAAAAAAAACACCACAAACACUGCAGAGUGCUGCACACCAUGAUUCACUUCCUACACAAAUCAACAUUUUACAUUAUGACUCUGAUGGACAAAGAUUUUAUUUCACUUUGUGAUGCUUGGUAAUGAUAAUUGUGUUGCGCUUUGGGUGGAUCUUGAAGAUUGUUCUUAAAUUGUCUGCAAAUGUUUUUUUUGUGUGUCAUGAGAUUCCAUUUCACUCGUUUUAGUAUAAUUUCAAACCACUCUUUUCACUUAAUUCAUACAGUAUUAUUGUUUUUUUUUUUUAAAUCCACACCAAUGAUUGUUUUUCCUAAAUGUGUUUUGACACAUUAAAUAAAAAAGAACCCUCUUUUAACAUUGAGGUUUUGUUCA